CCUUCAAGAAGGGCUGGAUGUACAGCAAGACAUUAUCGCGUUAAACUCAAAUUGAGCAUUAUGGAUAAGUCGAAUAAGCCAAAAUGUGUUAAGCGUGAAAAACACAUUAAAAAUAAAAAUGAAAUCGAAAAUAAUCCCAGAGGUAAACUCACAAAUGAUCCCAGAGAAGAACUAGAAAAGGAGCCUAUAAAAGAAAUUGAAAAUGUCCUACAAGAAGAGCUUGAAAAUGACAAUGGAGAGGAAGACGAAAAUGACUCUAUACCAGAGCUCGAUAGUAAAGAGUUAUCAGAACUAAAUCACAUCGAUACUGAUCCCGAAAAUGAACCCGGAAAUGAGCCUGAAAAUAAUCUCAGAAUUAAGGUCAAAGCCAUAUCAUCAUUUAAUUCAAUUACUCUUGAAGAUGUCAGAGAUAUUCUGUACGAAUUACACGAAUACUUUGACGAAUUUCAAAUUGAAAUUGUUGCCUGUCCUGAUUUAACCAGAGAACCAUACAACUUAAAAAAGUCUGGAAUGUCCGGGGAUACAACUAUUUUGGAAGUAUAUACUCCUAAUUAUUCCGAAAGGAUGAUGCUAAGCGAUAUGCAUCAAAUAUUAGACAUUAAAGCGGGAAAGAACUAUUUUCUCAGUAAGCGAAAACCGGGAAUGGUGCUCAAAAUACGCGCUAAAGGACGCAAAAUUACCAAUUACAACAUUAUAACAUUAAUACAGAAUAUUUUGCAUAAGCGCCUUUGGUAUAAAAUCGGUUUAGGUGGCCUGCUCCUAAUACAAGGGGGAUUCAUAAAACUGGGCAAAUUUACAAAGGAUGGCAUGUUAUGGUGCCAUGAUGUAGACUGUAAUUCAAAUACAAACGUAUGUCACGGCGUAAUAGUCAAUGAUCCAGUCAUAAUUGAAGGAAAACAUAAUGGAUUUUUUUAUACAAAUGAUCGUUACAUGUUUCGCUCAAGCUUUGAGUUUCACUGCGACCGAUUUCUCAACGACAUCACGCCAGAAGAGACAGAAUAUGUUGGUUACUUUGAUAUAGGGAAACGUAUGUUUUAUAUUUACUAAAACGUAUCAUUUUUUAUACAUUAUUUU